AAGUGUGACCUUAUUCUGAAAAACAAAUCUAAACGUUGGGCACCAUAAUGUUUACUUCAUGACCGCGCGUAUCCCAAACACUUUUUAUUUAAAUUAAAUUUAAUAAGAUAACUAUGCAGUUAUGCUUGAUGCGAAACUAUGCCAGCAGAGCCAAUCGGGAGCACUACGCCAGUAGUAGCAUAAAGAUCUUCCGUAAAAUGAAACCAAAGGUAAACAAACCGAAGACACCGGAAAAUCUGGAAACACCUGCGGAGUAUGCCGAGAAUUUGGUAAAAGUUCAAAUGAUCUCCCGAAAUCUACAUGCUCAACUCUUUCCUGAAUGCCCCAGGAGUACCUCCGAGCAGCAGAUUGCCUCAGCGAAACUCUACCAGAAAGAACUACGCCGCCAUGGAGUCGAUUUUGAGAGUAGUGCCUCAGUGCCGGAUGUCCAUUUGAAGCUACCACCGCUUAAGGGCAGGGACAUUGAGGAGCACUUUCUCAAUAUAGCUAAGGAGCAAGUGGAGCCGUACGAGAAGCUGCUGUUGCCCCUCGUGAAGUGCGAGAAGCUCCCAAGGAGGCCGAAACGGUGGGAAUUUUUCGCUGGUUGGACUGCCUAUGAUCCUGUCGAUGGGGAACCCAGUCCAGUGGAUCAUCCUCUGGAAAAGGGACUCAUAUUUGAUGUGGAGGUCUGCGUUAAUGAAGGACCGACCCCAGUUUUAGCCACCGCAGUCAGCUCGGAGCGAUGGUACUCCUGGGUUAGCCCAAAGCUUACCAAACACCGUCCGAAAUUAAUAAAUAUGGAACCUUUAGACAUAGACACAGACUCUGAGCGACCUCAUUAUAGAUCCGACGAACUUAUACCCUUGGGAACUGAAGGACCAGGCCUGGUAGUGGGACACAACGUCUCCUAUGACAGGGCCCGACUGAAGGAGCAGUACUUGAUCGAAGACACGGGAUACCGUUUUUUGGACACCAUGUCGCUGCACAUGUGCGUCAGUGGGGUGACCAGCUACCAACGAGCCAUGCUGAAGUCGAAAAAAGAGCCUGCUCCUGAGGAUCUAGGCUGGCUGGACAAAAGCUCUCUAAACAGUUUAGUAGAGGUGCAUCGUCUCUAUUGCGGUGGUGAGCCGCUCUCCAAAGAGCCAAGAAACAUCUUUGUGGAAGGGACACUAGAACAAGUACGUCAGCACUUUCAGUCGCUGGUCAACUACUGUGCCAGCGAUGUGGAAGCCACCCAUCGUGUUCUUCAGGCUCUGUAUCCGUUGUAUGCUGAGCGCUUUCCGCAUCCUGCAUCUUUAGCGGGGAUGUUGGAAAUGGGCUCUGCCUACUUGCCAGUCAACUCGAACUGGGAACGUUACAUACGAGAAUCGCAGCUUACCUACGAGGACCUUAACAUUGAGGCGAAGCACCAUCUGGGCCGUCGUGCAGAGGAAGCCUGCUCGCUGCUUCUGGAUGAGCAGUACCGUAAGAAUCUCUGGUUGUGGGACGAAGACUGGUCCGUUCAAGAGCUGAAGUUAAAGCAGCCGCCCAAGCAAAAGCCUUUACCAACAGUGGAACAACCCGAUAGCGGAUCUACUGCUGAGCAGCGUCGUCUGCAGGCCAAAUUCCAAUACCUUUACGAUCAGCGGAGCCUACUACCGGCUCGGCGGCCCUUGCUUCCAGGCUACCCUUUGUGGUAUCGUAAGCUGUGUCAAAAGCCACCAAAAAAUAGUCAAAACGAUGAUGAAGUUUUGGAAAAUGAACAGGAAUCGUGGUCUCCUGGUCCUACCGAGAUCAGCACCGGCAUGCAAAUUGCUCCAAAGCUUUUGUCCCUCUGCUGGGAGGGAUAUCCACUCCACUACGAGAGGGAACAAGGCUGGGGCUUCCUAGUUCCCUUUCGGAGUGAAGGUGCGGGGAAUGAGCGGCUGCCCAUUGAGCAACUAUUAGAACGUUGCGCAGUUCCGGAGUAUGCUCGGCAACAGGCGUCAAAAAGGGAGAGUGAGUUCGCAUUGGACAUGCUUUCCGAUCAAUUGGAGCAGGUUUUAAGUAAAAAAGACCACAAGAAGAAGCUCUCCCAAAAACAGCAGCGACUGGAGGCACAGUAUCAAGGCUCUGGAGUAUGGUGCAACAAAGUUUUAGACGACUGCUGUUUCUUUCUUAAACUGCCACACAAGAAUGGACCCAGCUUUCGAGUGGGCAACCCAUUGUCCAGGGACUUUUUAAACAAGUUUUCGGAGAACAUUCUCAGCAGCGGCGAUCCCUCGUGUCAUGCGGCCGCUCGGGUGAUCGAGAUCGCUCGCAUGAUGUCCUACUGGCGCAACAAUAGAGACCGCAUAACAGGCCAGAUGGUAGUCUGGUUAGAUCCUGAACAGUUGCCACCGGAUGUGGCACCGAUCAGAGCCUACGGAGCCAUUUGUCCUCAAGUUGUAGCUUGCGGAACACUGACACGUCGUGCCAUGGAGCCUACUUGGAUGACUGCCUCUAACUCCCGUCCGGAUCGAUUGGGAUCUGAGCUGCGUUCCAUGGUCCAGGCUCCUCCCGGUUACAAAUUGGUGGGUGCCGAUGUGGACUCACAAGAACUUUGGAUCGCUUCAGUGCUGGGUGAUGCCUACGCAUGUGGUGAGCACGGAGCCACGCCGCUUGGCUGGAUGACUCUUAGCGGAAGCAAGUCGAAUGGCAGCGACAUGCACUCUAUCACUGCCAAGGCAGUAGGCAUUUCUCGUGAUCACGCCAAAGUAAUCAACUACGCACGCAUAUACGGAGCUGGGCAGCAAUUUGCCGAGACUCUGCUCCGCCAAUUUAAUCCCACCUUCAGUGCUUCAGAGGCCAAGGCCAAGGCCAUGAAGAUGUUUUCCAUCACCAAGGGUAAACGGGAGUAUCGCCUCCGCGAAGAGUUCCAUGAUGAGCUGGAUGAUAGGGCUUACAGCAGUUAUGAAGCUUCACGAUUGGCUAUUCAGCGAAAUAGGACUAUAGGAGAGGUGUUUCAUCGUCCCAUCUGGCAGGGCGGCACCGAAAGUGCCAUGUUCAAUCGACUGGAAGACAUUGCCACGCAGUCGCAACCUCAAACACCGUUCCUAGGAGGUCGUCUGAGCCGCGCUUUGGAAGCCGAUUCAGAUCCGACGCAGGAGCAGCGUUUCCUGCCCACUCGCAUUAACUGGGUGGUGCAAAGUGGAGCCGUGGACUUCUUGCACCUGAUGUUAGUCAGUAUGCGAUGGCUCAUGGGGCCCCAUGUUCGCUUCUGUUUGAGCUUCCACGAUGAGCUGCGCUACCUGGUUAAGGAGGAAGUGGCCUAUAAAGCGGCACUGGCCAUGCACAUUACGAAUCUAAUGACCCGCUCCUAUUGCGUGUCUCGGAUCGGCCUCAAAGACCUACCCAUGUCGGUGGCCUUCUUUUCAUCCGUUGAGGUGGACACUGUGUUGCGGAAGGAGUGUACCAUGGACUGCAAAACUCCCUCCAAUCCGCACGGCCUUGGCAUUGGAUAUGGGAUUAAGCCUGGGCAGAGUCUGAGCAUCGCUGAGGCAAUAGAUAAUGCUGGUGGAAAUGAUGUCAGUAAGUGGCCAUGGAUCAGGCAGUGAUCUUCCCUAUGAGUUUAAAUUGCAAAGUGCCAAUGACAUGUGUUAAUUAAUUUUAAAAUCCUUUUGAUACUUUGACCCUCGAUAGUUGAUAGUAUUGUUAGUCUCUGUAAGAUUGUUUUAGGAAUUUCUUUCAAUAAAACUACAGAUCUAUUCUAAGUCAAA